AGCGCGCAGGCGCAGCGGCGACGGCGGCGGCGGCGGCAGCGGCCCCGGCCGAGGUGCGCGCUGGGGGGGAGGGGGGGCCGGAGAGGAGCAUGAAUGGAGCAAAAUGGCGGAUCAUGUGCAGAGCCUGGCCCAACUAGAGAACCUGUGCAAACAGCUGUAUGAAACGACAGACACAACCACUCGACUCCAGGCAGAGAAAGCCUUGGUUGAAUUCACCAACAGCCCUGAUUGCCUGAGCAAGUGCCAGCUGCUUCUCGAGAGAGGAAGUUCAUCUUACUCCCAGUUACUGGCAGCUACAUGCCUUACAAAGCUUGUAUCACGCACAAACAACCCUCUACCGCUGGAGCAACGAAUAGAUAUUCGAAACUAUGUGCUCAACUACCUUGCCACUAGGCCAAAGUUGGCUACUUUUGUGACACAAGCACUUAUUCAGUUAUAUGCCAGAAUCACAAAACUGGGCUGGUUUGACUGUCAGAAGGACGACUAUGUCUUCAGAAAUGCAAUCACAGAUGUCACAAGGUUUUUACAGGAUAGUGUUGAAUACUGCAUUAUUGGCGUCACAAUUUUAUCUCAGCUAACCAAUGAAAUUAAUCAAGUAAGUGCUACAGCCUUCCUCAUUGAAGCAGACACCACCCAUCCUUUAACCAAGCACAGAAAAAUUGCCUCUUCUUUCCGAGACUCAUCGUUAUUUGAUAUCUUCACACUUUCCUGUAAUUUACUAAAACAGGCUUCAGGAAAGAAUCUAAACUUGAAUGAUGAAAGUCAGCAUGGCUUGCUCAUGCAACUGCUCAAACUCACUCAUAACUGCCUAAACUUUGAUUUCAUCGGCACGUCUACUGAUGAAUCCUCAGAUGACCUGUGCACAGUACAGAUUCCCACCAGCUGGAGAUCAGCGUUCUUAGAUUCUUCAACACUGCAGCUGUUUUUUGACCUGUAUCAUUCCAUCCCUCCUUCAUUUUCACCUCUGGUAUUAUCCUGCUUAGUACAGAUUGCCUCGGUCAGAAGAUCCCUGUUUAACAAUGCAGAGAGAGCCAAGUUUCUCUCUCAUCUGGUCGAUGGUGUUAAGCGAAUACUGGAAAAUCCACAGAGUUUAUCAGACCCAAACAAUUAUCACGAGUUCUGCAGACUACUGGCCCGACUGAAGAGUAACUAUCAGCUGGGAGAAUUAGUAAAAGUGGAAAACUACCCUGAAGUCAUUCGAUUGAUAGCUAACUUCACAGUCACCAGCCUUCAGCACUGGGAAUUUGCCCCAAAUAGUGUGCACUAUCUCCUGAGCCUGUGGCAGCGGCUGGCAGCCUCUGUGCCAUAUGUGAAAGCCACAGAGCCCCACAUGCUGGAAACUUACACACCUGAGGUCACCAAAGCCUACAUCACAUCUCGUUUGGAAUCUGUACACAUCAUACUAAGAGAUGGGCUGGAAGAUCCCCUGGAGGAUACAGGUCUGGUACAGCAGCAGUUGGACCAGCUGUCUACAAUAGGGCGCUGUGAGUACGAGAAGACGUGUGCACUCCUCGUGCAGUUAUUUGACCAGUCGGCGCAGUCCUAUCAGGAGCUGCUGCAGAGCGCCAGCGCUAGCCCAAUGGAUAUUGCUGUGCAAGAGGGAAGGCUGACGUGGCUAGUUUACAUCAUUGGUGCAGUGAUUGGUGGCCGGGUCUCUUUUGCCAGCACAGAUGAACAAGAUGCUAUGGAUGGCGAGCUUGUCUGUCGGGUGCUCCAGCUGAUGAACCUAACAGAUUCUCGCCUGGCUCAGGCGGGUAAUGAGAAGCUAGAAUUAGCCAUGCUGAGCUUUUUUGAACAGUUUCGUAAGAUCUACAUUGGGGACCAGGUGCAAAAAUCCUCUAAGCUGUACCGUCGACUCUCAGAAGUUCUAGGCUUAAAUGAUGAGACCAUGGUCCUAAGUGUCUUCAUAGGAAAAAUCAUCACCAACCUGAAGUACUGGGGCCGUUGUGAACCAAUCACCUCUAAGACACUACAGCUUCUAAAUGACCUCUCUAUUGGAUACAGUAGUGUGAGGAAACUAGUAAAGCUGAGUGCAGUACAGUUCAUGCUGAACAAUCACACGAGCGAGCACUUUUCAUUUUUGGGUAUUAACAAUCAGUCCAACCUGACAGACAUGCGUUGUCGGACUACCUUCUACACAGCACUUGGGCGUCUCCUCAUGGUGGAUUUAGGAGAGGAUGAAGAUCAGUAUGAGCAAUUCAUGCUGCCACUCACAGCAGCAUUUGAGGCUGUGGCCCAGAUGUUUAGCACUAAUAGUUUCAACGAGCAAGAGGCAAAGCGAACUCUAGUUGGCCUAGUAAGAGACCUGAGAGGUAUAGCUUUCGCCUUCAAUGCCAAAACCAGCUUCAUGAUGCUGUUUGAAUGGAUAUACCCAUCCUACAUGCCAAUUCUCCAGCGAGCAAUUGAACUGUGGUACCAUGAUCCAGCCUGUACCACACCUGUGCUCAAGCUGAUGGCUGAGUUGGUUCAUAACAGAUCCCAACGACUUCAGUUUGAUGUCUCGUCCCCCAAUGGAAUCUUACUUUUCAGAGAAACCAGCAAGAUGAUAACAAUGUAUGGCAAUCGCAUCCUUACACUGGGAGAACUCCCAAAGGAUCAGGUGUAUGCACUGAAGCUCAAGGGCAUCUCCAUCUGCUUCUCCAUGCUGAAGGCUGCCCUCAGUGGGAGUUACGUCAAUUUUGGAGUCUUCCGUCUCUAUGGAGAUGAUGCCCUGGACAAUGCUCUACAGACCUUCAUCAAGUUGCUGCUCUCUAUUCCCCACAGUGAUCUCCUGGACUACCCCAAACUCAGCCAAUCUUACUACUCACUACUGGAAGUCCUGACUCAGGACCACAUGAACUUUAUUGCAAGCCUGGAACCUCAUGUCAUCAUGUAUAUUCUCUCUUCCAUUUCUGAAGGACUUACAGCACUUGACACCAUGGUAUGCACAGGCUGCUGCUCCUGUCUGGACCACAUCGUAACAUACCUCUUCAAGCAGCUGUCACGUAGCACCAAGAAGAGGACAACACCGCUGAACCAAGAGAGCGACCGCUUUCUGCAUAUCAUGCAGCAGCAUCCAGAGAUGAUCCAGCAGAUGCUGUCAACGGUGCUGAACAUCAUCAUCUUUGAAGACUGUAGGAACCAGUGGUCUAUGUCCCGGCCCCUGCUUGGCUUGAUACUACUUAAUGAAAAGUAUUUUUCUGACCUAAGGAACAGUAUCGUGAAUAGCCAGCCACCAGAGAAGCAGCAGGCUAUGCAUCUCUGUUUCGAAAACCUAAUGGAGGGCAUUGAGCGGAAUCUUCUCACGAAAAACAGAGACAGGUUCACCCAGAACCUGUCAGCAUUCCGUCGAGAAGUCAAUGACUCCAUGAAGAACUCCACUUACGGCGUGAACAGCAAUGACAUGAUGAGCUGACACCUCCUUGGACUCUACCUGUACAGAGCAGCGUCCCUUGGUCUGGUGCAGAGGGGCGAACAAUUGCAAGGGAGAGGGCCUGGCUGACCCAGGCGCCCUUCUCCAGGGAUGUGGGGGAAAUGGCAGAAGUCAGCUAGCUACUUUCCCAGGUUAAAGGGUGUGAGUACACUCACUAGGGGGCAGGGCGCUGCUGGUUCCUAGGGGAUUGGGUGGGAAGGGUGGUGGGAGGAGAUAAAGACACAAAUGUGUGAGACUCCAGCCCCUCCUCCUGGGGCCACCCAUGUGGAGAGAACCCCCAGUGUCCUGCCACAACCUGCCUUGUAUAAACAUGUACAUUUUUUCAUAACAUUUUGAACAAGGUUUAUAUUGACUCAAGUUUAAAAAC